AUGUCCUAUAAAAACCCUCAUGCAGAGACUUGUUAUAUUCUUGUGCUUCGAGGUGCCUACGCAAAAAUCAACACCAAUUUGUUCACUUCCUGUUCUUCGUCUUCACGGCAAUACUUUCCCUCUCCCAAGAUGUUUUCCGAUUUGUCAGAUUUACGGGAGACCUGGUUAUCGCCGACAACUCUUUUCCUCUUCCUCAACAUCAUGGUCGGUACGAUCUUCUUUAUCUCCCGUAUAACUCCUCACAGAACACCGUACGUCGCGGACGACGGCAACUCAUCAUCAUCGUCCUCGCCGUCACUCGACCGAUCUCUGUCGUUCUUCGGCCGCGUCACUUCUUUCAGCUUCUCGACGUACAGUUUUCCUAUUUCGAGCCAAGACGUCAACCAUCAUUUCCUCCAAACCGAUGACGGGUCAGCAGCCCACCAGGUGGAGCGAGCCCCGUCGAUUCUCGAACGAGUCAAGUCCAAUUUCUACAAAUAUUCUCCUCAAAGUCCAGAAACGGAUUGUAUUGAACCGGCUCAACAAUCACUAAUCAGCCGAGCACCGUCGCUCUUAGAGCGAGUCAAGUCGUUUUACAAACCGGACACCGUUAAACCAAACGAAACCGAACCCACUGUAACUGAUUCGAACGGUUCCGAAAUGGGUUUAAGUUCGGUUCAUGGUGAGAUAAAGAGAAUCCAAUCAGAGCCUAUGGUAAGACAAAGGGAAUUACCAGAGAAGAUGAAGAAAUCAAGGCGCAAGGUAGAAAAAGAAGUGGAGAUGAAACGAUCAGCAUCUACAGGGAUCGAGGAAACGACGCCGUUUGAAGACGACGAUCAUGCAAAAGCUGAUGAUUUCAUUGAAAAGUUUAAGCAGCAACUUAAGUUGCAGAGGUUGAAUUCUCUCUUGCCUUAUAGGUACUCUAAGCCCCUAGAGUCAAUUUAAGGUUUGGGUCAAACUAUUUCGUUUGAAAUAGUUUUUUUUUUUUGUAUUAUUUAUGUUAUAUUUUUAUCCAAAUAAUUAAAACUUAGCCAUA